AUGCCUUUCAUUAACGCAUUGUCGCGAAAACGACGUCCCUCCUCGCCUCAGCGACCUACCACGCCUGCGCGCUGGCCGACCUCUCAGUUGUCGAAACUUCCCAAGCUCGACCACAUCCUCUUCGAUGGCACGGCAUCCAAUUCGAUAGAGUCGACGAGCACAGGACGCUCCAAGGUCAGCGUUACAAGUCAGAUUAAGAGAGGGGUCUCCAGUAUCAAGACAAUCCUUGGGCUAGGCGAUAGAUACAGUGAUUCGAGCAUACGGCAUCACCCUGAGGCGGUGUUCACCUCGACUCAAACUCAUCUGCUCGGAAAUGAGCACAAUGGUGCACAGCCGUUGAGGAUCCGAUUGACGGCUCUUGCAGAUGGGUCAGACGCUCGCAGGGACAGUUUUGCUUCGACUCUACAGGACACAUCCACAUGUCGAAACGAUGAAGAAUUCAAUUUCUUGACGCCAGAAUGGACUGGCACUACUUGUCACAAGCCAGCUCAACGAAGUCUGCGCCGAAGUCAAUCUGCUCCUGGCCUCCAGCGUCGGAUCACCCAGAAAUUCCAGCAAGCGUUUGGGAAUCCCACUGUUGUGCGAAGGUCUGAGUUGCGCUCCCGCCUCAGUGCCCAAACACUUGCCCAUGACGCGGCACUGGCAGAAGUGAACUUGACCCAACAAUCAUCGACUCCCUCUACUGUGAACAGCGGAAGCACUUCGCCAGGCGCGAGGCUCACAUCCACUCCCAUGACCUCGGAACCGGUAACGCCGAAGUCCAUAGCUCACCGUGGCAGUAUGAACUCCUUCGAUUUUGACCGCCAAACCUACUUCGCCGAGGCACGCUUGACUCCCAUUCCGGAAACUGCUAUCAUGCCACCCUUGACCAUCAGGACGGUAGAGUCUGCGGCCGCCGCAAAGGUCUUCUUCGAAAUGCACUUCAACUCGCUGUUCAAUGGAGACGCUCCCAGAGCUGUUCGGAGGCGAGAGCUGGAGCUCAAACUAAGGCAACAUCAUUUGUCUCCCAACAGCCAGUACCGAGCUCGGAAAGCGACCACUACCAACCAAGCCAAAGCGGCCAGGGGAGUUGCUGUAGGUGGCUUCAAGGUUGUGAGCGUUCUCGGGAAAGGCAGCUUUGGAGUUGUGCGGUUAGUCAAGGCAAAGGGUAGCGGCGACGAUUCUGUGGCUGCCGAAGGAGUUAGACGCAAAUGCCUGGAGACCAAGUCCUCGCGAAUAAGCCUCAAAUCGCCUGUGAAAGCACCGCCGGCAUCGGUGAUACGUAACAGGCGAGAGUUCGCCAAAGGGCGCAAAGAAGUCUUCGCGAUGAAGGUGAUUCGGAAAUCCGACAUGAUCAGGAACGGGCAGGAAGGUCAUUUGCGGGCUGAACGAGAUUUUCUGGUUGCCGCAGAAGGUUCAAGAUGGAUCAUCCCGUUGAUGGCCGCCUUCCAAGAUCGGAAGCAUUUGUACCUGGUGAUGGAAUACUGCAUUGGAGGAGAUUUCCUCGGUUUACUCAUCCGCCGAAAUGUCCUCAGCGAGGAAGUGACCAAAUGGUAUGUUGCUGAGAUGAUUCUGUGCGUGGAAGAGGCACACCGAAUGAGGUGGAUUCACCGGGACGUCAAGCCCGACAAUUUCCUCAUCGCAGUGGACGGUCACCUCAAAAUCUCAGACUUCGGUCUCGCCUUCGAUGGUGAAUGGACCCACGAUCAGAAAUUCUACCACCAGAACCGCCAUUUCCUGUUGGAACAACUCGGCAUCGACCUGGAAGGGGAUGAGCAGGACAAGCAGGAGCGAGAAGAAGCACAAGCAAAACAGAGUCCCCCUGGCGCCGCGGCUUGUGCCGGGUUCUCGAAGCAUAACAAAGAAAGGCAACCUUCUCAAGAGGAGCCGGCAGUUGGCGAGCCAAUCUUGGACUGGCGCAACCGGUCACAGCGGCGUCGACUCGCCCGUUCGGUUGUUGGAACAUCGCAGUAUAUGGCGCCUGAGGUCAUUCGAGGCGACAUGUACGAUGGGCGCUGCGAUUAG